AGGGGCUGGACUAGAAGACCUCCAAGGUCCCUUCUAUUCUAUUCUAUUCUAUUCUAUUCUAUCCUAUUCUAUUCUAUUCACUUCUGUGCAAGCGACCCCGCUUUCAAGGCAGCGAACGCGCACGCGCAAACGGGAACUGAACGGGACGGGCUCUUCCCCAGGCCGACUCCGCCCCUGACUGAUACCGCCCCGAGAAAGCCAAGAAGGGCGUGGUGAAUCGGCGACUGCUUCUCCCAUUGGGCAGUUUAUAACUAGAAGGAGGGGCCAGGAUGGCGGGAAAUACGGACCUGGAACGCGGAAGCCUCUUUUCAGAGUUCCCGGAACUUGAGAGCCUUACCUGGAGGAAGAGGAGGCUGGAUAUUUCAUGUCAUCUGAAGGCAGAAAAUGAAGCGGAAAGGCGGAAGCUGUACUGGGAAACAGCAGGAGUCUUGUGACGUCUGGCUGGAUCCUUCAGCGCUCAAAAGACGCAAGAAUGUUGUCACUAAGUCAGCCUUAACUCUCCUGGGUCAGUACUCUCAUUCUGCUUCAGUAAAUGGGCUUCAUCCAGGCACUAAACAAACCACUAUUUCUACUUUCUUCACUGCUCAGAAAGCAGGGGAAAAGAACACAGACCAAAACAAAGAGUUGGUGACUUCGGCGUCAAACAACAUUGUCCACCUAGAAGGCUCUGAACUGCUUAGAGGGAAAAGGACCACAGCCCCGGCUUCUGUCCUUCAACCAUCAGGCCUGCAAGACUGCCAAACACAAUCUGCAAAGCCGCCAAACGCCUCCCGUCUUUUCCUUGGCCGUUCUCUCCCUGCUCAAGCCCGGAGCCAGACCAGCACCCUCCGAGUUGCUAGGGAGGAAGACGCCGUAACGGACGGGGAGGCCUGUCUAACUACAGAUCUCAUUCAGCACCUGGGAGUAAAGGGGGGCCUUCAGCCGCCAGGGGUCCCUGUGUCCCCUCUGAAAGAGAAGAACGGUGGCUGGCAAAGAGAAGAGAGACCCGCUUUGUUCUCUCGGAGAAGCCCAAGUUUUAAAAUAAUCCCGAACCAAAGAAGGACUGCAGGGAAACGGCGCAGACCCCUCUCCUCUAGGGCAGGCGUUACCUUUGUGGACGACUCUGACUCUGAAAAUAUGGAUCCUGACCCGGAAGAAAACCUAGCGGGAGCGGCACAUUUGAGGGAUUUCAACCAAACCACAUCUGGAUUCUGUAGAAACUAUUCGGAUGCCGUUAGCUAUGAGAACAGCUCCCUAGCUUCAACGCAGCGGCUGUUCACACAGGACUCCGAGGGCUACAGAGUAAUUUCGCACCGCUAUGGAGAAGAAAGCAAACGGUCCUCACCAAAGGAGCUCAUGUGGGGCAAAAGGACCCCCGUAAGAAGCUCCUUCAAUAAUAAGAGCUGCUUUAGAGAUGGUUGGGCUGGAGACAGUAGCCCCCCUGGGUCCCUGGGCAGGAGCUUUUCUCCUCUGGCAGAACGGAGUGAAAAGUCAUGUUAUGACUUGCUAUUCACAGAGGAUUCAGAAGGCAAUAAAGUCAUUAAACACUAAA